UGUUCCGCUGCGCCGCAAUCAAGGAGGGCCGUCGAGGGAAUGUUUAGAGAAACGAAAUUCUUUAUCUUUAUUAACUAAGGAUGAAGAUAUGUCUUCUUCCGCGUCUGGAGCAAGCGACAAACUAAAGAUUCUGUGUAUCCAUGGUUACCGCCAAAAUGCUCAGAUCUUCCGAGAACGGACUGGGGCACUCAGGAAAAUCAUAAAGAAGUACACAGAACUUGUUUUCAUUUCAGCUCCAAACAAAGUGCUGCCAGCCGAAGGUGAAGAAGAUUUAGACCAGAGAGGUUGGUGGUUCUCUACAAUUGACCACACCUUCAAGGCCAACCAGGUGUGCGAUGUGAACCCUGGCCUACAGGAAUCGCUGACCACAGUGGCCCAAACGUUCAAUGACCUUGGGCCCUUUGACGGCGUCCUUGCCUUCAGUCAGGGAGCAGCUUUUGCAGCAAUACUCUGUGCUUUGCAAAAUCAGGGAGAUACCAGAUUUCCCUUCAAGUUUGCCAUCUUGGUGGCCAGCUUUCGCAGCCUCAGCUCCAACCACGCCGCCUUCUAUGCCAACCCUAUCAACUGUCCAACGUUACACGUGUUUGGUGACACGGACGGCGUCAUCCCAAGAGAAUCAAGUGAAGAUCUACUACCAGUUUUUGUCAACCCACAAAUUCUGAAUCACCCAGGCGGUCAUUUUGUGCCGGCUUCAGCACCACAGAAGAAGGUUUAUCUUGAGUUCCUUGAGCAUUGGUACACCAAGAAGCAAGAGGAGAACUCGGCUGCAAAAUGAACUGUGUAGGAGACUACUUUUCCUAU